GCCUUCUUUUUGCGAAUUUAUUCAUUAUUUAAACAUACUGAUAGUUUCAAACAUGUAUGGCUUUGCCUGUUACGUCCUUUAUUUAGUCACUGUAGGCAUACAUGGAAGUCAAGAAGAAUAUGUUGUGCGUAAUAUCCUGAAUGAAAUAACAGCGUUGAAAACAAGACAGAAUUCGUGUGACAAAAAAGUUUCUGAAUUAGAGGCCGUCGUAGAUGAACUUCAGAGACGCAACGAUAAAUUGGAUCAAGAAUUACUUGAAAUGAGAGAUGACAAGAUUAUCUCAACAGAAAACUAUGACCUUCAAAGUCAAGCCUAUGUAGAUAAAGUAACAAGACACAAAAGCCUGCACAAACGAACACCUAGCAGUCAAGUAGCGUUUACAGCUGGCGUAUCUAGUGCGGAUCUAACUGACCUAGGGUAUCAUCACACUAUUAUAUUUGAUUACCCCAUUACCAAUAUUGGAAAUGCUUACAACCACUAUACCGGAAUAUUCCAAGCACCCCUUAAGGGUGUUUAUGUAUUCACAUUGACAUUGAUGGUGAUACCUAGAAACACGGAUUAUCUUGAACUUGUUCUGGAUGGAAAUAUCAUGUUCGAUAUUCUUGCCGAUGCUUCUUCUGUCGAUGGUUACGUAUCAUCAACUAAGCAAUGUGUCCUGAACCUAAAUGUUGGUUCUGUUGUUUGGAUCCGAACUUCAUCAACAGGAAAAGUAAGGGAAAUACAUGGUAAUAUGCAUACUACUUUCAGUGGAUUUCUGCUGUUUGAAACUUAAUAAUUGUCAUUUAAUGAUCAUUGCUAAUUUUGUAACAAGAAUGUAAUAAAAGGUUAUUGGAGA